GACAUCGUCGUUCGUGCGACUCGUGCGUCUGAUUCAACACUACACUUUUGAAGACCCCUGAAGGCGAAGAAAACUUCGGAAAUUCACACAAAUCACCCGUCUGAAAUGGCUGAGAAGAUGGAGCUUAGUUUGGACGACAUAAUCAAGCAAACCAACCAAGGUCGAGGCGGCGGCAGACGCCGCGGCGGUGGUCGCGGUGGUAGAGGAGCGGGCCGGCGACCCGUCGGCGGUGGCGGCGGCGGCGGUGGCGGUGUUAGAGGCGGAGGAGUUACGAAGAAUAAACGUCGUGGAGGCCCUGGUGGCGCAGCAGCUUUCAAAAGGACUCCCUACGCUAGAGGCGAUGUUGAAAGCCAGUGGACGCACGACAUGUUUGACACAUUCGGUGGAAAGAAGGGAUUGAUGCGCACUGCCGGAGGACUUCCUGGAUCCGGAAAACUACUCGUCUCAAAUCUUGACUACGGUGUAUCUGACUCGGAUAUUUCUGAGCUUUUCGGUGAAUUUGGAAAACUGAGGUCAGCCUCAGUGCAUUAUGAUCGUUCUGGACGUUCCCUGGGAUCAGCAGAUGUUAUUUUUGAGAGGAGGGCCGACGCCAUCAAGGCCAUGAAACAGUACAAUGGAGUGCCACUGGAUGGCCGUCCAAUGAAUAUCCAGAUGCCCACUUCAGAAAUCGGCUCCACCGUGAAGAUCUCUCAGAGAGUUGGAGGUGGUGCUGGAAACUUCGGACGCCGAGGAGGCGCCGCUGGAGGCGCUGCUGGAGGUGGAAUGAAGCGAGGUGGAAGGACUGCUGGCGGUGCUGGAGGCAAACGAGGUGGCGGCGGCGGCGGCGGCAGGGGAGGGCGUGGCGGCGGAAAAGGCAAGAACAAGACAGCUGAAGAACUUGACGCUGAGCUUGACGCUUACCUGAAUGAAGCUAAGUGAGCUAAAGGCACGCCAUCUCCACAGUUAAACGACUGUCCAAAGCCUCAUAAAUAAAGACUUGAAAAUCUUGCAAAGACUUGUGCAAGGAUUGUGUAAUUUUAGUUCAGCUUAGUGAUUUCUGCUGGGAAUGUACACAUGCGAAGAUUUAUACUGGAGAGUGCGCCCUCAUUUGAUUUACUAAGUGUGAUUUGUAUUGUAUUAAAAUGGAAAAUAUACGGUUCGGAUGCGUGCGCCUUUUACAUGAAACCACCACAAUCUUCGGAAAACAUAGCAUCUGUAUAUGUUAACUAUGGAACAAAAUUAAAUUAGUUAACACCCAAA